UUUUCUCCCCCUAUAUAAACCUGUGGUUAGGGAAAUUACGAGAGACUCGCGUUAUAUUCUGUGCUCUAUAGAGAGGGAAAAGAGAAUUAUCGACCAAUUAUUCGUUACAACUUGUUAUGAUGUCAUACUCCAAAAGAUCAAGGUAUUCUCGCUCUCCUUCCCCAUACAGGCGGUACAGUAGGUCAGUUUUGAGGUCCUUGUCAAGGUCCUUAUCCAGAAGCCGGUCAAGGAGCCGUGAUUCCAGUGAUGUUGAAAACCCUGGGAAUAACCUAUAUGUAACAGGAUUAUCACCGCGAAUAACGAAAAGAGACCUUGAGAAGCAUUUUGCAACCGAGGGAAAGGUUGAGGAUGUUCAUCUUGUGGUUGAUCCAUGGACUAGAGAAUCUCGUGGAUUUGGGUUUGUAACUAUGUGCUCUGUUACGGAUGCUAACCGCUGCAUUAAGUAUCUGAACCGCUCUGUUCUUGAAGGCCGUGUCAUCACGGUGGAGAAGGCUAAGAGGCGAAGAGGUCGGACACCCACCCCUGGAAAGUAUCUUGGGUUGAGAACAAUCCGUGUGCGGCGUCGCUCUCCUAGUUAUUCUCCCUAUUAUUCCAGGAGCCGCUCUCCUCAUUAUUCGUCCGACUUAGAUAGGAGCAGGUCACCCUCUCCUCACUACAGGCGGCGCAGGUCUUAUUCUUACUACAGUAGACGAGGAUCAUACUCCCCUUACUACAGUGAAGGAUCUCGUUCCCCGUACAGCGGGUCACCUGUUAGCAGGCGUGAUAGAUCCUAUUCUCCUUACUUCUAUAGGCACAACUCACCAGAUGACCGCUGGUACAGGAGAGGCCACUAUCGUUCUAUCUCACGAAGCACCUCACCUGUGGUGAGGGGGAGGUCGAGGAGGAGCUACUCAGGCAGUGUGUCCCCCAGGCGGCGGAGUUACAGGAGCUAUUCACGCAGUGUUUCUCCAGGGCGCUCAAGAAGUUACUCUCGCCGCAUUUCUCCAAGGCGGGGGAGGAGCUCGAGGAGAAGCUACUCUCGAAGCAUUUCCCCUAGAAUUAGGAGCUUGAGGAGGAGCUUUUCACGCAGGCUUGAGCAUUCUAGGGGCAGAUAUUCUUCUAGGAGCUGUUCUAGGAGCCCAAGCGGGAGCCCAAUUUCCAGAUCUGAGACUCCUAGGUCUGGUUCACCUUCGUAUUGAAGGGUUUGGGUUUGAGUUGGUAGGGGUCUCUUAUUUUAGGGAUAGUGGUUUAAGAUCGUCAACUCAUGUGGUUGUAGUUGGGGGACCUAUUGUUUGGUUUGCCUGGUGGCUGACUAUUUGAGCGAGCAUAUUGAUAUCAAUGUAGUCAGGACUUCCCUUUUGUUCUAUAUCUUCUGAAUAGCUGUAUUGUAUUUCGGUAGUGCUAUCUUAAGCAAAUUGAUUCUUAUGGUUUCUA